AUCAAAUGGAAAUCAAUCGGAGUAAAAUUGAGAAGUGGAUAAUUCAAUUCUGAACUCUCAAUUCUAGAAACUAUGAUAUCAGUUCUGACUUAAAAUUGAACUGAAGCGGCCCCCUGGCUAGGUCCGGAUGGAAAUGGUUACAAGUUGCGAACUUUCUGGACUGCGAGAUUAGUAUAUUCAGUAGUCGGUGCCCGGUUGACUUGGUAAUUUCAAUAUAAAAUUCUGCCGCGAUUGAUCACCUUUCCUCCAAGACAAAGCGCUAAACGCACUUGAGCUUGAAUUAGUCCUGGAAAAAAAUUAAACAAAGGUCAGCGACAUGGAAACAACGAAAUCCCCAAUUGCUUACAAGUUUAAGCAAAGGACAUAAUCCACACAACAAGCCAUAUCUCUGCAAAUGAAGAACGCAUCGAGUACCUAUAUCCUUCAGUCAAGCCAAAGAAAACAGAAUUCUCACACAAACAAUGACCAUGGCAGACCUCGAACUCGUCCUGUCUUCAACUAUAUCAAAAAAGUAGCUGGAAUUUUCACAAUUUCGCUUUUCCGGAGAAAAAAGGCAGCCGGAGCUGUAACUGGGCCAGGCAAAAGAUACAACAGUCAAGUUGAAGGGAUUUCCUUUUCAACUGAUCUUUCAACAGGAAGCAACAGUAAGAGUUCUUCAAGAUUCAAAUUCUCUAGUUCCUAUGGCUCUUCAAGCACCACAAGUGGACUGUUUGGGACAGUCAAUUUCUCCAUUGAAGAGAUUUAUAAGGCAACCGGAAAUUUCAACCCAGCAAAUAAGAUUGGAGAAGGUGGUUUUGGAACAGUAUAUAAAGGGAAUCUCAAGGAUGGCUCUCUUGUUGCUGUAAAGCGUGCUAACAAGAAUGAUUAUGAUAAGCGUUUGUCAUUGGAGUUCAAGAACGAAGUACUUACCCUAUCUAAGAUUGAACACUUGAAUUUGGUAAGGCUAUAUGGAUAUAUAGAGCAUGGAGAUGAGCGGAUCAUUGUGGUUGAAUAUGUUGGCAAUGGAACUCUUCGAGAGCAUCUGGACAGUAGACGGGGAAAUGGACUAGAGAUUGCUGAACGUCUGGACAUUGCAAUUGAUGUAGCUCAUGCAGUUACUUAUCUUCAUAUGUACACAGAUCCUCCAAUAAUCCAUCGAGACAUAAAAGCAUCAAACAUCCUCAUAACAGAAAAGCUCCGGGCUAAAGUAGCAGAUUUUGGGUUUGCACGAUUGACUGCAGAAGAUCCUGGUGUUACUCACAUUUCAACUCAGAUCAAAGGAACCACAGGCUACUUGGACCCUGAAUACCUAAGAACAUAUCAACUCACUGAAAAGAGUGAUGUCUACUCUUUUGGUGUAUUGCUUGUUGAACUGGUGACUGGAAGACACCCUAUUGAACAAAAUAGACCAUUAAAGGAGAGAGUAACCACAAGAUGGGCAAUGCAGAAGUUAAAAGAGAAGGAAGCCAUACUGGUCAUGGAUCCAACGCUAAGGAGGAGUCCUUCAUCAAACAUGGCAGUGGCGAAGGUCCUUGAAUUAGCUAAGCGGUGCCUUGCUUCUCUGAGACCAUCAAGGCCGUCCAUGAAGGAAUGUGCUGAGGUCCUAUGGAGAAUUCGAAAAGACUUAAGAGAAAAAGCCAUGUCUUCUUCCUCUGCCUCUACCUCUCACCAGUCAGCAAAUUAUCCCCUCAGAGAUGCAAAGAAGAGCAGAGAAAAAACAUUUGGGAUUGAAGAUGGGGAGCGCUAUAAAUUUAUUUCUGCAUGAAAAUACUUUAUAGAUUAUUUUUGUUUGUUGCUUCGUUAUCAAAUUUCGUGCAUAAGUUGCAGUUCUAAACAUUCCUGAUAGCAAAUCUGAGAUAUGGGGAUUUCAGGUUCAAAUUACAGUAUCAAUCUCCUUUACAUUUGCUAGGAAAGGUUCAGAUAUAAUCCAACCUUAGAAUGCAAUGCCGGAAAUCCAGUGCAUUAAAUCACUUCUUAUGGUAUUUCAAGUCGCUGUUCUUUAGAGCUGAAGAAAUCCAUGUCAAAUUCUUUGCUUGUGUAUUUGUAUUCUUCAUUGACAUGUGAAGCCAAAUUGUAUGAUGCGCUUGCGAUAUAUUUUUCUAGCAUUACUAAA